GGGAAAGAGCAUUUAAUUCUCCGAUCGGGCCAUUUGGCAGUAGUGCUUUCCAGAAAAUGCAGUAAGAGCGCACAGCUUCCAGCCCGGUGAUAAUCUAGGGCAUUAAAAGAGCUCCAAACUCGGUGCCCACCGCCUCUGCCCGAAGCCUCCGCCAAAACACCCCAGCGGGUUAAAUAUUGUAUUACGUAAGCGCUGACUAAGCGAGAGGCAACCCAAAUCUCCCUCCACCUCCAGCCUAUCCACCCCAGCCAUGUCACAGCUAGACCAAUUGAGGCACAUCAUAGCCGCAGAUUCCAAGGAGAGAGUCGUCACAGAAGACGAGUACGACUACGACGACGAUGACUACGACUACGACGACGAUGACUACGACGACGACUACGAGUCCGACAGCGACGACUCGUUCCAUCUCACGGCCCAAGAGCAGUGGGAGGAAAGCAUGAAACAGAUCGAAGGCUUGAUCAGCUUCGUGAUAUUUCCGUUGGUGGGCAAGGUUUUGGGCAGACGAACCAGCCAUAUCAUUUGGAGAAGAAUAGCCAACUGGUGGUUCAUAUGAGUGGAGAACCAAAAUGGAUGUGAUUGGGUCCCAAAGUGGGUCAUAUGAGGCACCAAAGCGGAUGAUUCAAUUUGCAACUUACAGGUGGAGAUCGUAUGAAAGUGGCGCCAAUUGAUGGUGGUCACGAC